CAAGAGUCUUAUGCAAGGCAAGACAUUGGUGGUGACUCAUUCUGUUCCAGUAAAUAUAAAUAACGUCUAAAGGCAGCUCAAAUAAAAGUAAAUUAUCUGGCUUAAAUAUUACUUAAGUCCAAGAAUCGCGCUUUUUCAGCGAGUAAAAGUAAAACCGGAAGUAGUAAGUAGCGGUAAUCUUGCUUCAGGUGGAUGCUUGGUGCAGUAGCCCCUGCUCUCUUCUUGACUCGGUGAAGCUGACAGCCGCCGUCGUGCAGGACCAGAGAGCGUUUAGGGGUUGGAGUCAUGUCGGCAGCUGCUCAGGGGACCAGCAAAGCGGCCCACAGUGAUGUGGCCCCGAAAAGGAAGAAAGGACCUGGCGCCCUGGCCACGGCCUACUUGGUUAUUUACAAUGUUGUUAUGACAGCCGGGUGGCUGGUGAUCGCGGUGGGUCUGGUUCGAGCUUACCUGGCCAGGGGAAGCUACCACGGCCUUUAUUACUCCAUAGAGAAGCCGCUGAAGUUCUUUCAGACGGGAGCUCUUCUGGAGAUCCUGCACUGUGCUGUAGGAAUCGUGCCGUCCUCUGUGGUCCUGACGGGGUUCCAGGUCAUGUCUCGGGUUUUUCUCACUUGGGCCGUCACUCACAGCGUCAGAGAGGUGCAAAGUGAGGACAGUGUGCUGCUGUUCGUCACAGCCUGGACCGUCACAGAGAUCAUCCGCUACUCUUUCUACACCUUCAGCCUCCUUAAUCAUCUGCCGUACCUCAUCAAGUGGGCAAGGUACACCUUUUUCAUCGUUCUGUAUCCGAUGGGAGUGAGCGGAGAACUGCUGACCAUCUAUGCAGCUCUGCCGUACGUGCAGAAGACGGGCCUGUACUCCGUCACCCUCCCCAACAAGUACAACUUCUCCUUCGACUACUACAGCUUCCUCAUCCUCGUCAUGAUCUCCUACAUUCCCCUCUUUCCCCAGCUGUACUUCCACAUGAUCCGGCAGAGGAAGAAGGUGCUGGGCCACACAGACGACUACAGCAAAGUGGAGUGAGCUGUGCCGCGCUCAGAUCGGCUCACAUGAGAGGAAAGCAACCACACCAUCCCAUAAAGAACAAAUCAGUGUUUUCAGUUUUCAAACUGCCAAAACUGACCCCUUCCUCCCACCCUGCCCCGUAGAUAAUCCUAUCAUCCACCCACAUCCUUUUAAUAAUUUCAGUUUUUACGGCAAUAUAAGUGAGUCAUACAGAGAUUCUGGAUAAACCUUUGUUUUUUUUUUUUUUUUUUUUUUUUUGGCUUUUUGCAUAUUUAUGAACAAAUUGUGAUUACAUUGAAGUUUAAAGAAAUGAUGAGCUGCUCUGUGAGCAUUGAACAGAGCUUGGACAAAGCUAAUCUGAGCAGAAUGAUACACUAAUCGACCUUUGACCUCCUAAUAAACGACACUGAAGUGGAGAGUUGAUUCGGAUCCUCACCUCCCACUGGCGUUUAUUUAUUCAUUUAUUUUCUUUGAUCUCCUUGUGGUUUGCUUUAGGCUACUGUAAUAUAGAAAGAAUAAGUUGGAGCCUAGCACUGAAAGUUGGUGUCUGUAGGUUUUGCGUCCUGAUUUCCAUUUUGUGUAAUUUAUUGAAAUGUUUGGCUACAUUCCACAUUUAGCUCAAUAAAUCUUUUUUUUUCCAUCCCAUCCCAUGCCUUCAUGCUUGUUGUUUUUUUUUUUGUUGUUGUUUAUUCUUCUUAUUAUUUUAUCUUUGUGGCUGUUUGUUUGGUGUGCGUUUGGCUUGCGUUAGAAUACAGUGUCUUGCUAAGGUACCUGCUUUACUUUGUGGCGAGGAGAAAUUUUUUCCAUACAUUUUGGGAGGAUUUCAGGUGAUGGAUCGCCACACGGCUGGCCAUUAUUGUGAUGCAGAGGUAAUGUAUGAUUUGUUUUUUGUUUUUUAAUUGUGCAGUGUAUAUUUUGCAGAACCACAUCCUCCCACAAUUAUUAACCAAAACUUUAUUUAGAGUUGUCUCCACUUGUUGUCAUGACUUUGCCUAUUCGCCUUCACAAAUUGGCACCAGGUCAGCCAGAUUGGAUAGAUUGCAUCUGUGAUUAUCAAUUUUUAGGUUUUGCCUUAGACUUUCAGUUAGAUUUUGGAUCUGGUGUAUUCUGACUCACUAACACACACACAUUGAUCUAAACCUUUGCCGUAUGUUCACAGUGAAUGUCCAAUCCCCAGUCUAGCGGCUUCUCUCUGUUUGGCUCCAUCCAGCUUCACGUUCCACGUACACAUGACUUUCUUCUCGCCACGCCUAUAUAAUUUUCACAUUUACAGAUUAGCUUUGUCCAAACAAUGUGUGGCUGGCGCGUGACAUUAUCUGAAAAGGCUCAAGGGGCGUGAAUACUUUUGCAAUGCACUACAUAGUGAUUCAUUUCUCUUCACUGUCCCUCACGAAUCGUGUCUUGCAUGGUUUUAUUCAUUUUAUUCGUUUUAUUCAUUCGGUUUAUGUUCAAAUACCUUGUGUUACUGGACGCAUCCAUCCUUGUUUCCAUGUUUCUCUUCUGUUCAAAGUGAUGAUUUUGACUGAACUGCUUUCGUAGGUUUUCACCAUAUUGUUUCCUAUUACUGAAGAAGAAGAAGAAGAAGUGGUGCAGUUUGGCAUAAAAACAACCGAUAGCACAACACGCUGUAGCAAAAAGUGUUUUAAAAUGAGAUGAGCUUUGAUUAUGUAAGACAAUUGUAGCCUAAAUAAGUGUUGGAUGUUGAAAUUUGUUGACUUCUAUUUAAAAAAAAAAAAAAAGAAGAUGACAGAAUUGCUUUGCUUCAAAUGUGUGGUUAAAUAUUGAGGUGAAGUAACAUUCUCAAGUGAAGAGCUUGUGUUUGUGGGUGAUUUAUGUCUGGAGUUGAUUUUUGAGUUUUGAUCUUUCUCUUUUCUGUGAGCUGAAACUGUCACACUUAAUGAGCUAACAAAAAGACUAUUCAGACUUUCUACCUUUCUGCUAUAUUUCGUUUUAUUUUUAUAAGACUAAGGUACACACCUCUGACACUUAUUCUGAUAUCUAGCCACGUAUAUGUCUGGAAGUUGGAGUACAACGUCUGGAAGUCGAGGCUUUAGGUUCCUCAAAGGCAACGUCCAUCAUGCAGUCAAUCACAAAAUGGUUUGCAACUGUUUUUUUUGUUGUUGUUUUUUAAAAGAAAAUAUAAUUAAAACAUCAUUUAUCAGUGGUGUCACUCUACUGA